AUGAAAACCUCUACACUCGCUACAUCUAUCGCUGCUGUUGCAGGCGGCGCAAGCGCCGCCUUCACCAACUCGUCGCUUCCUGUCGGAGUCAGCGGCGCUGACAUCGUUUCGCUAACGACGGGCUCGCACACUUCCUACAGUUACACGUACCCUUUCGUCGCGACCAUCCAGUUCGAGGUCACCGCCGCAGGCACCGGGUGGUUCUCGAUCCCCUCGGUGCUCGGUGACGUGCCUGAUGAGCAGUCGUACACGUUCCCGUACGGAACGAUCAACAACGAUGGGGGUAACUACUCGGUCGACUUUACAUCCGUGCCUCCAUCGGGCAAGUACAACGUCAGUUUCUCGGCGUCGACUGCUUCGCUAGACACGUUGCAGCCGGGCCCAAUGGAAAUGACGUUCGGAUCCAACGAGGGCGACUACAACGUGACCAUCGACUUUGUGCCUCUCCCAACCGACAAGCCUGUGUUCAACAGUCAGAUCGACGUCUCGGACAAAUACCUGACCUACUACUUGAACAUCCCAGCCGAGAUCUGGGAGGGCUCUUUCUCGUUGUCCGCGUCUGCCGACUCCCCUUACUCGUUCGACCCCAACAACGUCAACGUCCUGUUCACCAGAAACGGCACUGACCCAUUCAACGACCCAGCGGGCUCCGGUACCUACGACAGCGUCUACCAACAUGACUUGAAGACCUACACCGUCACCGCGUCCGACCUCCAGGUCGCUUUCGAAGGCAACCUAACCACCGUCUACACCGAGGGCGGCGUCGACGACGACAACAUCGACUACUCAGACGUUUUCAUCAAGUUCAACGUCGACUUCUCCUCGUUGCAAAGCGUCUACCAAUUCGACGCCAGCUUGACUUUGGGCAGCGCCGGCUCCGUCGCCAAGAGAGACACCCCUUACUCUUUCACCAACGUCAACUACGGCCCAGGCUUCUUCUUCUCCACCCCAUCGCUACCAUCCACCGGCGGGGGCUCCGGCAGCUCCGGCAGCUCUUCUGCGUCCGGCUCUGCCUCUGCUUCUAGUAACGGCACCGCCACUGCCACUGGCUCAGCUACUGGCUCCGCUACCGGUUCCGCUACUGGCUCUGCCUCUGUUUCUGGUAACGGCACUGCCACUGCCACCGGUUCUGCCUCUGGCUCUGCCACCGGCUCUGCUACUGGUUCCGUCACUGGCUCCGCUUCUGGCUCUGGCUCUGGUUCCGCUACUGGUUCCGUCACCACCACCUCCACCACCGCUCUCUCGACCACUGUCAUCACCACCUGUACUGCUUGCGCCAAGAAAACCACUGCCGUUGGUAUUUCCACUGCUACCGUCACCACCAACGGUGUCGUCACUGAAUACACUACUUACUGUCCACUCACUGCCGAGACUUCUCCAAAGCCUACCAUGGUUUCUGGAACUUCCGUUGUCCCAACGGUGGUGAUUUCUUCCGUUUCCGGAGGUGUCUACACCGUUUACACCACCUAUUGCCCAUUGACUGCUGCUACCGCCACCGAGGCCGCUGCUGCUCCUUCGUCAUCGGGUGCUUACACUCCAUCUUCCGUUUUCGUGUCCACAGCGGCUGCUGGUUCUACCUCUUCCAUUGUUGGCAUCUCCACUUACUCGGCAGGUGCUAACUUUUUGAAAUUCAACGGCGUUGCCGCUUUGUUGGGUCUCUUGGCGCUAAUUUAA